AAAACUUUCCCGGGAGUGCUCACGUAAACGGAUGAAAAUAAACACCCAGCCCUGAUCUAAAACACUAACCUGAGUUUCUCCAUAAACAAGAAUUUCUUUGGCGGUUGUGAGGAACUUAUCUACUGUUGUUAACAACUAUUCAUAUUUGAACGUAUAACGAAGUAAUGGAUAAACUGGAUAGUGCCCAGCAAAAGACGUUUACAUACUUGCAAGAGGUUGAAAGAGUAAGCCAAGACAUUUUAACGUUGAGAGAGGAAAAGAUGAAAUUAGCCAAUUCUCAAAACAAGAACAGAGAAGCCCUAAGAGCUCUGGAACAAGUAUACGAACGAAAUACCUGGAUGCAAUUAGGGUCAGUCCGCAUUGAGCGACCCACUGAGGAAUGUAAGGCUAUACUACGAAACGAUUUAGCUGCAGCUGAAGAACGUCUAAAGAGCUUGCAUGAGGAAAUCAAGGACAAGGUGCAUAAACUUCGAGAUUUGGAACAUGAACCUCGUCUAGAAGGUUUUGCCCUUAAGCCAAUAUCUUUAGCUGAAGCAAAGGCUUUACAUGCAGGAUUUGGUAAUGUGUAGACUAGUGUAGGGUCACACAGUAUCAAAUCAAGUCAAUAACAUUGCGAAGAAACGGCAACGUGGUGUUGUCCGUGUUUUUAGCAUCCUAACCUUUUUAAAAAUUAAGACAACAGUAGAUUAAUUUUCCUCUUAAAAGACUUCAUUGCUAUGGCUCCCAAAGUGGCAGCUGGUUUUGUGAUUUUCCGAUACGCUUCAUCCAAAAUCGAAUAUCUUUUACUGCAAACAUCAUACGGUAUCCAUCACUGGACUCCUCCCAAAGGACACGUUGAUCCUGGGGAGACUGACUUGAUGACAGCCUACCGUGAAACCCAGGAAGAGUCUGGGCUGAAAAAAGCCGAUAUUAAGGUCUUUGAAGAAACCAAAACAACACUGAAUUACAAGGUGAAAGGCAAACCCAAAGUCGUCCACUACUGGUUGGCGGAGCUGAUCAAUCCAGAUGCAAAAGUGAAACUGUCUAAUGAACAUCAAGACUUCAAAUGGCUCCCGUUGAAGGAGGCCUGCGAAAUUUCCGGGUACCAGGAUAUGGAGGACGUUUUGAACAAGUUUGACGAAUUUUUGAGGAAAGAACGAAAUCUAUAAAGGUUGGUUUUAAAGCUACAUAAAUCAGCUACAUAACUGUAAUUAAACUUUUUCACUGUGA